UAACCUCAAUAAAUAUUUGAUGUAUAAAUAAAUUAGUUGUUAGUUUGUUAACAGUUUAUGACUUGAUUUUGUUAUGACUUACGAGUAGUAAAAUUGAAUCGUAAUGAAUGAAAAUCUGUAAAGCUUCUUAUUUUGAUGAUGUGAUUCUGUGCAGUGGUUUUUAUAUAAACGUAACAUUGAGUAAAUCUUAUUGUAUACAACAAUAUCUGAUUUUUGCCCUAAAGUGUGUUUUUCCAUGUAAAUAUGGUAUCUUUAAAGUGCAAAGAAAUUUUGUGUUUAACAUAUUCAGGAUUACUCUUUAUUUCAGGCAUUCUUUUAAUUACUUUCUCUGUAAUUUUGUCGUACAGAGUUUUGUAUCAUUUUAACUUUGUGCCCUCGGACACGAUUGGACCUUUUAUUGUGAUAUUUAUACUCGGAUUUUUACAUUUAUUCUUGACCUGGCUGGGAAUUAAAGGCCCCACAAGGGAGCACAAUUUUCACAUUGUUCUGUUUAUGGUAUUUACACUAAUUUUAUUAGUUUGUGAAUUUGCUGUUGGAAUAUGGUCGAUGAUACUAUGGGAUGAGAUCUCUAUUCUGACACUGGAAUUGAUGAGAGUGUCAUUUAAGGAAAUGAUUAAUUUCGAUAAAAAAGAGUGGUCUAAACUACAAAGUGAUUUAAAAUGUUGUGGGUUGUAUGGAGUAACCGAUUAUUCAUCGAAACACAACAGCACACCUUUUUCUUGUACAAAUCCGGAAUUAUCCAAUGUUACUAUUCAAUACAUUUAUGAAGAGGGGUGCCAAAAACCCCUUGUGAAGUACGUAAAACGGAUAUUGUUGGACGGUGCUUUGAUUGGAUUUAUUUCCGGAAUAUUUCAGUGUUUUGGCCUUUUCGCAUUUUAUUCCUUCUUCUCCAGUCUGAGGGAGGAACGUAAGGAGAGACUAAACAGAAGACUUGCCAUGCAACGCGAAGCGUCUCAGGGUCAACUACCAGCGCAAAAUCUACCAAUCCCCGUUACACCCCCAAUAUCAGCUAACCCUCCACCCUUACCUUCCUCAUAAAGAUAGACCUAAAAAUAAUUCAAUAUAAAAUAUAAAUGUUGGAAGGUUAGUCCAUUCCAUAUCAGACCAGUAUAUCUUUGACGUAAAAACUGAUGGAAGUUUUUGUCAAUGGGGGUUACAUAUAAAGGACGAUUAAGUAUAACUUUCAUUUUUUGGAUAGUAAAAAGUUAUGUAUUAAUUUGGUCUGGUAUGGGAUUUAUAGUAAACAAAAAAGUAGUAAAAUGGGUGUAGUAGCAUUGAUUAAACUGCAGUAUUCCUUUGCAUUCGGCCAAAUUACGUACUGUUUCCACAUCAUAUUAUUGGGCAACUAUCCUCGACUAUUUACAUCGGGAAUAUGUCUUGCCAGUUAAGAAAUAAUAACGACAAUAUUUUAGAACUGACGCAGCUCGAAAUUAAGUCUUCUUGACGAAGUGAUAACCAGAGAGCGGACAAUUUGUGUCUUUAACCUUGAACAUAGAUAUGUCAUUCAUAAACCUAGAUACAUUAUCCAUGACGCA